AUGUAUCAUCUAUCUCUAUCCAGCUCGGACGAUUUCCCUCAAGCCAUUCGCACAACCGAUUUCCAGCAGGAGCGGCCUGCCGCACCUAUACUUCUGUUAUCGCCAAAACAGUUUCUUCAUCGAGCACAGCGGUGUUUGGAGAGAAAUGAACCCUGUGCCUUAGAUGAAGUGAUAUCCCUUCAUUAUGAUGCAUUGGGAUACUACAAUACCGGACAUGCUUACCGAGGGCAAUUGCUAUGCAAUCUGGCUGUAAUGCUGGGAACUCGCUUCCAGCGUCGAGGCAAUGGUAAAGACUUGGAUCAGGCCAUCACGCUUCAUACGGAAGCGCUGGCCUUGCGCCCGGUCGGUCACAGAAAUCGGUCUAUGUCAUUAGGUAACCUCGCGAACCAACUCUCCUCCCGCUUUCAUCACCGAGGCAACGACGAAGACUUGGAUCAAGCUAUCGCACUUCACAGGGAAGCGCUGGCCUUGCACCCGGUCGGUCACACAGAUCGGUCCACGUCAUUAAAUAACCUUGCGACUGAACUCUCCUACCGCUUUGAGCACCGAGGCAACGACGAAGACUUGGAUCAGGCUAUCGCACUUCACAGGGAAGCGCUGGCCUUGCGCCCGGUCGGUCACACAGAUCGGUCCACGUCAUUAGGUGACCUCGCGAUUCAACUCUCCGUCCGCUUUCACCACCAACACAAUAGAGAAGACCUUGAGGAGUCACGAGAGAACCUCCGUUGUGCAUUGGCUCUGAUGAUGCAACAUGAUCCUCGUCAAUUACCAGUCCAUAGGGCGCUGGCUAGUGUUUGUUUGUCGUCGCAUCGUUCAAGCCUUGGCGAUACCGGCCCAGGUGAAGACACCGAUAGUCUGGAUGCUGUCAUGCAUCAUCUCAAGGCAGCAGCAAAUAUUGUCCCUGGAGGCUUGCUAUCCCGCCUGCGAACAAGCAUAUGCAACUUCCAUGCAACUUCCAUGCAACUUCUGGACGCUUAUAUGUCUACAACGUCCUCAGUAUCGUCUCGUCACAAUAUCAUGAAGGACUUCCCAAGUACACUUGCCGUUGAUGCUGCAUGCUGUGCUCUUCGUAGUGGUGAUGUGUAUCGCGCUGUCGAGUUGUUGGAACAAGGCAGGACUAUCAUCUGGACCCAGAUGACACGACUCCGCACCCCUCUUGAUAGCCUUCAGACUCACGGCGAUCAUGCAGUAGUCCUGAUGAAGAGAUUCAGAGACCUCAGCUCCCUCCUCGAUAAACCUCCUGUAAACUAUUCAGAAGGAAACUCAAGAGUCGAUAUAGAAGCAGAGGAAACCCGGUACAGAUGCCUAGUGGGGGAGUGUAAUAGAGCUGUAGAAGAGAUCCGGAAGAUUGAGAGCUUCUCCCGCUUCCUCCUUCCCCCCUUAUUUUCUGAUCUUCAAGAUGCAGCUCGUGAUGGGCCUGUUAUCGUGCUCAUCACAAGCGAGGCGUCGUGCCACGCCAUUAUCACCCCGCACAAGCAACCUCCGACUAGCAUUCAACUCCCUACCGAUUGGCAGAAACUCGUCAAAUUGGUACCAGCACUCCGAGAGGCAGUUGAAAAAGAGCCCGGUCCUAAAGGGAACCAAACAGCGCUGAUCAAAGCUUUGAGAGAGUUGUGGAACGGUGUGGUUGGCCCGGUGGUCGAAAGUCUGGAUGGAAUCGCACGACCAGGUUCCCGACUAUGGUGGUGCCCAACGUCUCUCUUCAAUUUCUUGCCAUUACAUGCUGCUGGCGAGUACAGGCCAAAGGGAAAGUCCCUUUCGCAGCAGUAUAUCUCUUCAUACACGCCAUCGCUCACCGCGCUGAUCAAGGCUCGCAGAAGUCGUGAAAGGUCCUUGUCGGUGCCCUUCAUUGCCAUCGGUCAGGAUUGUCCAGCUGGUGCCUCAUUCACUUUGGAUGCUGUAGAGCCUGAGCUGGAGUUGGUGCGGGGACUUUUGCCCCCUCCCCCUACUGUUUCCUUCUUCAAGGUCACCAGCGUUGAUGCCACGAAAUCAAGAGCGCUGUGUGCAUUGCGGGACAAUACUUGGCUCCAUCUUGCGUGUCACGGGACACAAAAAGUUGACGAACCCUUCAAGUCAGCCUUUCUUAUGCGCGAUCAGCCGCUUUCGCUCCUCGAUAUCAUGCAAACGGAUCUGUCUCGGCAUGAAUUUGCGUUUCUUUCGGCCUGUGAGACCGCAGUCGGUGACUUUGAUACGCCCGACGAAGUGAUACACCUAGCGGCUGGCCUGCAAUUUGCCGGGGUUAACAGCGUCGUGGGGACAAUGUGGAAGGUCACCGAUAGUACCGUGCAGCACUUAGUCAAGGCAUUCUACAAAAACUUAUGCGGGGAUGGUCCAAUGGAUUCCAAACGAGCCGCCUGGGCGCUGCACCGAGCGGUCCAAUCGUUGGCUUGUGAUGAGGACAUCAUAAUGCCCUUGGACCAGCGCAUAGUGUUCUUGCAUAUUGGCAUAUGA